AUUAUUAGGCCUGGAAUGUUCCCAAUGUCGGCCCCCACUGCUAAUCCUACGCAGCUUACCAUUUUUUAUGGUGGAUCAGUAUGUGUGUUUGACUCAGUGACUCCGGAGAAGGCUCAAGCCAUCAUGCUCAUUGCAGCAGCAGCUGCUGCCGCCACAAAGAGCAACAGCACUAAUGCUGUUAAGCCUCUAGCAAUGCCGCUGACCAAUGCUGCAGUCUCUCCUGUGCUUACACGGUCACCCUCACUGCAGAGCACUUCUGUAGCAACUGGACAACUUCAGGCUCUUGCAGAUCCUAGCUCUAUUUGCAAGCUUCAGGCUGAUCUCCCCAUUGCCAGGAGGCACUCCCUUGCGCGCUUCCUGGAGAAGCGUCGUGACAGGGUCGUGAGCAAAGCUCCUUACAGCGCCGUGAAACCAUCCGAAGGCAUGGGAGCAUCUGGGAUUGAGAUGGCCGCGGAAGGCAAGGCCCAGUAACCCAAACACAGCCCCCGGAUGUUUGGAAGGGAAGGAUGUGUUAGCUGAUGUGAUGUUACGCCUUAGAAUCAUCGUCGUAAUAAUAAUCCGACCAGAACCUCUACUGCCAUUGUUGUUCUGUUCUCAUGUGCCGUUAGUUUUUUACUCUGCCAUGAACUCUGUCUACUCCACCGAACAGGACUGCUAUCAUAUAUGUCACUGUAAUGUGUAUCUGCCUGACUUCUACAUUUGAUAUUGUAGUCAAUGAUACAAUCCGUGUCGUCCCAGUUUCAAAUGUCUAUGUUGGCUUGGAAA